UGCCUUGGUGGCAGUUGCCAGAACGCAGCCGCCUCUUUGCCCACUUCUCUGUCUUAGCCCUGGGGUGUUGGAACGCACUGGAAUCCAGCAAUGCAGCCGGGACCAGCGCUACAGGCCGUGUUGCUGGCUGUGCUGCUGGCAGAACCGCGGGGUUCGAAGGGUCGCCUGCUGAGCGCCUCGGACUUGGACCCCAGAGGAGGACAGCUGGUCUGCUGGGGAGGGACUCGGAGGCCUUGCUACAAAGUCAUUUACUUUCCUGAGGCUUUUCAAAGACUGAACUUUGAGGAAGCCAAAGAAGCCUGCAGGAGAGAUGGGGGACAGCUAGUCAGUAUCGAAACAGAAGAUGAGCAGAGACUGAUAGAAAAGUUCAUUGAAAACCUCCUGGCAUCUGAUGGUGAUUUCUGGAUUGGCCUCAGGAGGCUGGAGGAGAAGCAGGGCAACAACACAGCCUGCCAAGACCUUUAUGCUUGGACAGAUGGAAGCACAUCACAAUUUAGGAACUGGUAUGUGGAUGAGCCAUCCUGUGGCAGCGAGGUCUGCGUGGUCAUGUACCAUCAGCCGUCAGCACCACCCGGCAUCGGGGGCUCAUACAUGUUCCAGUGGAAUGAUGACCGAUGCAACAUGAAGAACAAUUUCAUUUGCAAAUAUGCUGAUGAGAAACCAAGUACAACACCUUCUAUAAGGCUUGGAGGUGAAGCAACCGAGCCAGCAACACCAGCACUUCCAGAAGAAACACAGAAAGAAGACACCAAAGAAACAUUUAAAGAAAGCAGAGAGGCUGCUUUGAAUCUUGCCUACAUCCUAAUCCCCAGCAUUCCCCUUUUCCUCCUACUAGUGGUCACUUCAGCUGCCUGUUGGAUUUGGAUCUGUAGGAGGAGGAAACGAGAGCAGCCAGACCCUACCACAAAGGAGCAACACACCAUUUGGCCCACUCCUCACCGAGAAAACAGCCCCAACCUAGAUGUUUACAAUGUCAUCAGAAAGCAAAGUGAAGCCGAUUUAGCUGAGCCCCGGCCAGACCUGAAGAACAGCUCAUUUCGGGUGUGUUCUGGUGAAGCCACUCCCGACGAUGACGAUGUAACUUGUGACUACGGUAACAUGGCUGUGAACCCUUCAGAAAGUGGGUUUAUGACUCUGGCAAGUAUGGAGAGUGGAUUUGUGACCAAUGACAUUUAUGAGUUCUCCCCUGGCAGAAUGGGGAGGAGCAAGGAGAGUGGCUGGGUAGAAAAUGAAAUAUAUUACUGAGACAUAUGGGGGAAACUGGCAAAAAUGAGAAAAGAGAAGCAAAAGCAACCUAUUUCUCACAAGGAAAAUGUUCAGAAAGUUGAUGAAAAUGCUCAGAUCUGGUCUUAGGAUAAACACAGAAGCUCCACAAGUUCCUACUGGGUCUCCAAGUUCUGGUUGUAUCCCUUACUCCAGGGCCUCACCCAGCUCAGCCUGUGAGAAGGCACCUUGCCCCGGGGCUGCCAUACCGCAGACCCUCAGCAUCCUUCAGCCAGAUCGUCAAGGGCUGGCACUUUCAAUGGUCAGGAUGAAGGUGUGACCGAGGAGCUUAGAAAGCCCACCUCUAGGUUCUGUUCUCCUUGCUCUCUACACCAGCAGCACAUGUAAUCACAAAAAGGCAGAGACUGAGGGAUCUUCUCAAGGCCUGGGUAUGGAAGCCCCAAGCUGAUCUGCACAUCAACAAUUCUCAUAUCUGCCCCCCACCCCACAUAAAAUCCAAUAAAAAGCAGGAAGCAGAAUGUUAGUCAGUGUGUGUCUACAGUCCUUCCUCUGCAUGUAGCCUCAGGGGACUUUUUUUAUUUUUUUUAUUCUCCUGACAUCUAAACUUGAAAAAACCCAACUUGGAAAUCCUUUAGUAAGUAAAAAUGAAGUCCGUGUUUGCUUCAGCGUUC